UAAUCAUGGAGCUGAAAAGUGUCUAUUCCUUAAUUGUGAUAUUUAUAUUUAACAAAAUAUCUCUCUUGUCUGGUAAAGGUAUAAAGACGGGAAACUUCCAGGUCUUGCAUCAACAUCCUGGAAUAAAGAACUGUGCUGCUGCUGUUUUGUAUCAGAAUGAACUUGUUGGCGGACGUGUGUCGAAUGUGACAGGCAUGUGUGAGGGCUUACCUUAUCUCUGGGGUUUGAAUGAAACCAUACAAAGUGGUUAUGCAUAUGUGAAGAAAAUCUCUGCACAGGAAAGCUUUCAGCCACCGAUUAUACUAGGCCCACAGCAGCCGCAGAAGUCCUGGCUGAUCCCUGGUGUCCUAAGUGCAGGUGCAAAAGUAGAGGUGACUCUUGGAGGUGAAAUUCUAGCGUAAGUAAACAUACAAUAUUAACUUGGUUACAAUCUGCAAACGGGAGUUCAAAAAUUAUCUUUCCAAUCCGUAAGGUUUGAAAACAAAAACAAUGAAUGUCAGUAAUUUUCAAAUCUUUACAAUUCAAUAUUGCAAAUAUCAUUGUUUCUUUCCUUUUUAAUGA